ACAUAACGUAUUUGCUACUCUUGACUAGCAACAUAGCAAUGGCGGUCAAAACAAAACGUUUGAAUGAUUUGAUGAAAGAGAUUUCUAAAGAAUUGCAACAGUAUGUUUUUAUUUGUUUGUAUAGUAUUGUUUUGUUAUUUUAGUUGAAUAUAGGCUUUUGCUUUAGGUGUUGCAUGUUAUGUUGCAGACUACACAACUAGUUGUUUAAAUACAAACCUGAGUGUUCACAAGCUGUUGACAACAAUGACAAGUUGUGUUCGCACAGUCUGCUUGUUCGCUGGGACUGUCGACUGUAUAGGACUUGUUGGAACUUGGAACAACCUUGCAACAAAUCUGAUCAUAUCAACAACUUGGAACAACCUUGCAACAAAUCUGAUCAUAUCAACAAGGUUGUUACAAGUUGUUCACAGCUUGUUCCAAACUUGUUGACAAUUUGGGACAAGCAGACUGUGGGCCAUUCCAUUUAAAAUCCACCCCCCCCCUGUUGACGAGGUUACUGAUUUUUGACACCUUCGGAAACAGUUUUCUGGAGGACCCCCCUCGGAAAUUUGCUAUUUUUGUAGAACUCCUUUGGAAAUUUACGAUUUUUCUCAAGCCCCUCGGAAAUACCUGUUGACGUGGUUCCAUUACGAUAGACCCCCUCGGAAAUUUUUGCGAAUUUAUUGGCCCCCGCCGGGAAAUUUUUGUCAACAGGUAGUCCCUUCCUCCCCCACCCCCCUCGGAAAUUUUAAAGAAAUAUUAUGACCCCUUGGAAAAUUUAAAAAAAAAUUUACCCCUUCAGAAAUUUUCCUUUUACAACCCCCUUGGAAAUUUCAACUUGGCACCCCCUUGGAAUUUUCGACCUUCUUCGGAAAAUCUAGUCAACAGGGGAGUGUGGAUAUUAAAUGGAAUGGCCCAGUGCAAACACAACUUGUUGACGGCUUGUUGGCAGACAUGCUACAAGAUGUGAGAUUUUUGUUACUUAAGUUGUUGUUUUUGUACAUUGCUGUUGCAGCACCUAGGUUUAAUUCUUGAUUGCAACAUUAUAGGUUACAGGGUGAUAUUAUGGACAUGACGGAAAUGUUCAAACAAAGACGGGAAACAGUGGAAAAACAUUGUGGGCAAUGUCGAGAUCUUUUUAAACCUUGGUAUGUCAUGAAAAACUUUGAAAGGACACUGUGGAUUAAAAACAUUAUUUUGUUACAAUAUUUGCUCAUUCCGUUACAGGCCAAGCAAAGUUGUUCAGUUGUAUAAUCCUAGUAGCCAAGCUGAUGAAAAAUUGGUGGAAACAGAUGGUAUAAAAUUUAGGUGUAACAUAAAUGUAAAUUACUAAUAAAAAUGUCCUGUGGUCUGCCUGGUUUCAUAUCCUGAAAAAGUUAAAGUAGGUCACAGGAAGCUAGGCUCUGUUUAUGCGUGUAUCUAGCCUUUGGUGCCCACCCACCCUAACCUGUGAUCAGGCGUUAUUUUUAGUGUGGGUAGAAUAUGGAUGCGUCAGCUUGAUUGCAGGUUACACCAACACUGUGGUCAAAUGUAAAAGGCAUGCAUGAGUAUAUUGAAAUGACGGGGGAAAUGUUUGCCAAAAUAAUAGGUCAGUAAACAUGGGAAAAUAAAAGCGUGUACUAUAUAAGGAAAUGACUGAAGCUAUAAGGUAGGGAAUUUCACUGUGUUUAAUUUCCUUAUAAAGUUAUACUGAGUUUAAACCAGGUUGUAAUUUUCUUUAAACUUUUUGCCAAUCUUGUUCCCCGAGCCUCGCAGGUUCGAGGAACGAGAUUGACUUUUUGCUAGAGCUUCAUGAAGGCAAUACUAUUCCCAGUCUUUUCAAUACAAACAGUCAAAAUAUGUGGAUGUUUGACUGCAGUGUUGGUUAUCACCACCCUAUUUGACUCCUUAUUUCAAGGUGGUUUAAUUGGGAAGGUGUGGGCAAGGGGUCGAUGCCCUAUAUAAUAAACAGAACAUUACAUGGUGGCUUAAAGAUAUGACUUUUAUCUUCUUGUGUUAAAAACAAUAUUUUACUCACUCGCUGCGCUCGUUCGUAAAAUAUUGUUUUCACCACUCGAAGAUAAAAGUCAUCUCUUCGUGCUGCUGUGUAAUAUCCUCUAUGUAUUUUUGAAAAAUUCUCCAAUCUCUAUUUGACCGAAUGCCCUAGAGCAUUAACCCCCUCCCCUCAAACAUGGCUGAAAUCUACAAGCUCCAAUAUGGUAAACGGUAAUGUAACAUUAAAUUGUUUCAGAGAAACUGAGCUGUGGUUUCUCUAAUCCUGAAAAUGAGAAAGAAGAACAGGAACUAGCAAUGCUUGACGACAUAUUGGCGAAAGCUCAACACGCAAGAGAUAUACAGAAUAAGGUUAUUGGAUAAUUUACUUUUUAGCAAUACAGACUCUAUGCCCCUGUCAAAUCAUGGGGGCAAGACAUCUUUGUACCAAGGGUCGAUCUUUCCAUGGCACUAGAGUUUGAGAGAAAAUAUCUUGGGUACAAAGUUGUGGAAGGGGGGGGGGGGACCAGUAUGUAUUUGCCUUGAACACUCAUUUGAACAUUUCAUAUAUUGACCAAUGGGAAAACUUCACACCCAAAGAAUUUUAAACAGUUCAUUAUAUAAACUUGCGUUUUAUAUGUAGAUGUCAAAACCCAGCAAGAAAUCUCACUCCGCAAAGUUAAAGUCUUCCAAUUUAUCAACUUCCCAAGUUAAGGAAACGAAACCCAAACCCAAAGUAUCAUAUCCUGUCCCCAAGAGACCAUCCUCAGCCAAAAGUACAUAUGCAGCGUCGUACGCAAAACCUACCGUUAAAAACAAAUCGCUGGGAACAGGUAAUUUUCAUUAGGGAUCCAGUAUACCACGCGGCAGCUCAGGCUUAUUGUAGAAUACUACCUAGUAAGUGUCUGAACUACCUGAAAAAGAUAUCUCAAACGUGGUGGUUCAGUGUAGGUAGUAUUCUACAAUAAGCUGUCGUGGUUUGUGUCUGAACUACCUGAAAAAGAUAUCUCGAACGUGGUGAUCCAGUGUAACUAGUAUUCUACAAUAAGCUGUCGUGGUUUGUGUCUGAACUACCUGAAAAAGAUAUCUCAAACGUGGUGGUUCAUUGUAGGUAGUAUUCUACAAUAAGCUGCCGUGGUUUGUGUCUGAACUACCUGAAAAAGAUAUCUCAAACGUGGUGGUUCAUUGUAGGUAGUACUCUAUACAAUAAGCUGUCGUGGUUUGUGUCUGAACUACCUGAAAAAGAUAUCUCAAACGUGGUGGUUCAUUGUAGGUAGUAUUCUACAAUAAGCUGUCGUGGUUUGUGUCUGAACUACCUGAAAAAGAUAUCUCAAACGUGGUGGUUCAUUGUAGGUAGUACUCUAUACAAUAAGCUGUCGUGGUUUGUGUCUGAACUACCUGAAAAAGAUAUCUCAAACGUGGUGGUUCAUUGUAGGUAGUAUUCUACAAUAAGCUGUCGUGGUUUGUGUCUGAACUACCUGAAAAAGAUAUCUCAAACGUGGUGGUUCAUUGUAGGUAGUACUCUAUACAAUAAGCUGUCGUGGUUUGUGUCUGAACUACCUGAAAAAGAUAUCUCAAACGUGGUGGUUCAUUGUAGGUAGUAUUCUACAAUAAGCUGUCGUGGUUUGUGUCUGAACUACCUGAAAAAGAUAUCUCAAACGUGGUGGUUCAUUGUAGGUAGUACUCUAUACAAUAAGCUGUCGUGGUUUGUGUCUGAACUACCUGAAAAAGAUAUCUCAAACGUGGUGGUUCAUUGUAGGUAGUAUUCUACAAUAAGCUGUCGUGGUUUGUGUCUGAACUACCUGAAAAAGAUAUCUCAAUACCUUCUUUCUUGAUUUGGUCAGGUACUAAAAAGACUUCAUCUGCAAAUAGAACAACUGUCGCGUCUCAACAGAAAUUAAGAAAGCAACCUGAACAAGGCAAAACAACAGAAAUUAAAUCUCUUGAGUCAAAAAAAUCUACGUGCAAGAAUCUAGUAUCUGGAAACCCCACCCAACGUUCAACUGAAAACAAAGUAUCGAGUAAACCGCAUCCUAGUGAAAGCACAAAUUCUGAACUUAACACGAAAACAACUACAGAUGCCAAGUUCUUAAUUUCCGAAAAAGGCUCCACAUUAACUAUACCAACGGAAUUUCGUGAAAUUUGCAAAGAGCACAAAAAGUUACUACGUCGUAUUCAGAAAGCCAGAACUUUUACACAAAGGCAAAGCGAAGACCAGUUUGUAAAAAAGGCAGAAGAAUUGUUUUGUCCGAAAUUGCAUCGUUUGCCAACUCUUUUGGAAUUGGAGGAAGAUAUGUACAGACUCGAGAAAGAAUAUAAAGAACUUCUUGGUUUUAUGAAAGUGAAGGUGUCGAAUAUGCAGUAUGCAAGAGAUACAGGUCAAAUGGAUGAGAGUUUUGAUCGGUUGGAAGAUUGGGGAACUGCAACGUCAAAAUUUAAACAGUCAAAUGAAGAGGUUCAGGUUCUCAAGGAAAGUAAGUAUGAGAAAAGAUGAAAGUCUGUAAGAUAUGAUGAUCUGGAAACUAGACAGAAGUCAUUGUCUUAUGUUUUUGUCUGAGUUUAUGUUAAUAGACCUUUUCCCUUAUGAGUGAAAUUUUGAUCUAGUCAAGUCUGGACAAGUCAUCUCAGCUUGAAAGAGCAUCACAAAAUUAGUAAUAUUCCGACGUUUCGUUGCGAAAUGUUGUAAAAUGCGGAUAAUAUAGCCCUGCGAAGUUUGCCGUUUUUUUCAGUCAUGCAUUUUGCAUUACAAAUGGGAAAUUGAUAAUCAGAUGAUCAAACUGAUUAUCAAUUUCCCGUUUGUAAUACAAAAUGAAUGAAAAACGGCAAACUUCGCAGGGCUAUAUUAUCCGCAUUUUACAACAUUUCGCAACGAAACGUCGGAAUAUUACUAAUUUUGUGAUGCUUUUUCAAGCUGUGAUGAAAUUUUUGUCUUAACUUGUCUAGAUCAAAAUUUCACUCGUAAGGGGAAAAGUCUAUUUGUACACCGCCACGGUGAUUGAGCUCAUUGUGUUUUCGUAUAAUGAAGUAACCGUCCAAUAAGAAUAGCUGAGAAAAAACAUGCAAUAUGAGUAUUCGAUAAUUGCGUCACAACUACACUGUUUUCAACUUAGGGCCACCUUAAAUGGAAAGGAUUUCAAGUUUUUUUUGUCAUGUGCUAUGUACAGAGAAGUAGAGUAUCCUUCUUCAACACAUGCAUGAAAAAUAAUUCUUUAUUUUGAUCAAUAAAUGUGGAAAUAAGCUUUAACACGAAAACGAGGCUCCAGGUUCGUUUUCGCGUUAAUGCUUUUUUCUAUAUUUAUUGAUCAAAAUCUUCGUGUUGAAGAAGGAUGUUCUGCUUGAAACCUUGAAAUCCUUUCCAUUUUAGGUGGUCCUAAGUUGAAAACAGUGUAGUUGUGGCGUAAUUAUCGAAAGAGUGUAUCGCGAUGAAUAAUAUUGAAUGAAAUUGAGACAAAGGAUUUGUUCACGGUGAGAUACAGUUCAACAUCAAACAGAGGUCGUCUAUAUUGUAUCUUAAAGUUUGCCAGGCUUCCAGAUCUUCAUAUUUUGACAGACUGAAAGAUAUAGAGUUUAUAUAAAGACAAAAGUUGACAUUUUUAAAUCGCGUUCUGCAAGUUCAUUUAUAGAAAAAAAAUAAGUUUUUUUCAGAAAUUAAAUCUCUUGAGUAUUUAUUUACUGUAAAGUUUCUGAUUAUAUAUUGUUUUAGGUUUAAUGUUCCUCAGCAAACACUGUCCAUUUCCUGAACAUAAAUCUGUGGUUUUUGGAGGGCAAGGAGAAAAUUUGGAUGGCAAGUUACCAUCCAGUUUCAGGGGACCAAAAUAUUCAAAAACGGACGCGAAUGGAUGCUUUUCCUAUCAUAAUAUGAAGGUAUCAUUGAUGUUUCAAACUGUAUAACUCUAUCAGUUCUAAACUGUUCUCCCUAGAGGUCCAGUAAGGAUCAUCUCUUAUUGAUCCAGUGUUACUACAGGAGGAAACCUAAACUAAACUAACUUUAUUUAUACUGGAUUGGUCUAUCAGUUCUAAACUGUUCUCUCUAGAGGUCCAGUAAGGAUAAUCUCUUAUUGAUCCAGUGUUAUACUACAUGAGGAAACCUAAACUAAACUAACUUUAUUUAUACUGGAUAACUCUAUCAGUUCUAAACUGUUCUCCAUAGAGGUCCAGUAAGGAUCAUUUGUUAUUGAUCCAGUGUUACUACAGGAGGAAACCUAAACUGAACUACAGUAAUACUGGAUACUUGUUCUAUCAGUUUUUAACUGUUCUCUCUAGAGGUCCAGUAAAGUCAUCCCUUAUUGAUCCAGUGUUGCUACAGGAAGGAACCGGAGUACCCAAACAGAGCAAACCGUUUCACAUAGGCGUACGAGAUACAAAUUUUUUUUUUUGAAAACCAUGGAAAUUCGGGCAAAUGCUAGAAAAAUCAAGAAAAUUCGGGCAGAUUUAUCAGAAAAUAGGUUAAAUUCGGGUAAUUUCAUUACAAUCCUCCAUAAAAAUUCGGGCAAACUUUCAACUGCCCCCUGGAAAGCAUCAAGCCGGUACGUCUAUGCCGUUUCGUAGUGAUAAACCCAAAUGACUUGUUCGAAAAUGAGAUUAAUACUGUACACGUUUAUUAUGAUUAUUUUCAGGAGCUGAGAACGUUACUUAAACUAUCUUAUGACUAUAAGAUCAUGAAGUAUCAGUUGGAUUUAAGAAAAAUGCUUGGCGAGGCAUUAUUGCCGUUGUUACGACAGUUGCCUACAAGUCACAAGUAAGGCCAACAUCUUGUGUUUCGCUUUGUUUACGUGUUGACAGAGUUUUCCUUCUAAACUGACAUUGACUAUUUUGGAUACCUUAGUCAACUCUAAAUUGUUCUUCCUAGAGGUCCAGUAAGGGUCAUCUUUAAUUGCACUAGUUUUACUACCGGAGAUCCUUGUGUACCCAGCGAAAACCUGUGGUGUUCGGUCGAGUCGAAUUGGAAGCACUCUUCUCACAUGUGACUCGGGGAAAAUUAUAAUCUUUACCCGAAUAAAGUCCAUAUAUACUCACAAACAUUUGCUAAUGAAAUGAUUUUCAGUAACAAAGGCUAAAAUUUUACUCGCAUUUUGCGAGUGUUAAGUUUGAGGCUUGCGUGUAUCUACGUAGGCCUAGUACCUGACUGAAACCAAAGAAGUACCGCUAAGACCGUAAUAUUGGCGUGCAUCAACACCAAUUGUUUGAAGGACUUUAUAUAUGCAACAAUUGCCUUUCAAUUCUCUUUCUCUCAUAAUUUAUCUUUUGUCACUAGGUCAUUUGUUCCACUUUGUCGUUCUGUCUACUCCAUUUUGUGUUGUGAAAGCAAAACGUUUCCCACUGUGGUAAAAGAUUGCUCUCCUGAAGACUGAGAAAUGAUGAACUCACAUUAAAAUAUGUUAGCGUAUUAUAUCCAAGGCCAAUUAAUUUAGUAUCAAUUUAAAUUUAUCAAA